AUGUUGUUAACCACGUUUCUUUUAACAUUUGCACUAUUAUCGAUAGUUUACUUAUAUUUAAAACGCAAAUAUUUCACAUUAGUUGGUCCCUUGCCGGGUUUACCUCCAAGAUUCUUGUUUGGCAAUCUGCUGGACGUAGAUAUUCUCAAGGGUGAACCGCUCGUAAAUGUUUAUGCUAAGCUACAACAGACAUAUGGAGAUGUUUGUCAGUUUUGGGCAGGACCCGAUCAUUUUUAUAUGUUCAGUAAAGUUGAACAUUUUCAACACAUCUUCACUCAUCGAAACAUCUAUGACUUGGCUGAUGUGUCUAUACGAUUCUUCGGUUUACAAAUGCCAUCGAGUUUAUUAGCUAUUAAAGGUGAACAAUUUAAGCGACAUGCACGCGUUAUGUUACCGAUGUUUAAGAAAAACAAAGUAAUAUCACAUGUAAAUACAAUUAUUGAUUGUACAGAUAAAUUAAUUCAUUUAUGGCGACAUGAACAACCAGAAGAACUAAACGAAAAUAUUGUCCAGCAAUCAAAGAGUUUACUUUUGGAUAUUAUCGGUUUCAUUGCAUUUGAUUACGAUUUACAAACGGUUGAACAAAGUGAACAAGAUGAGAAGAAAGAACUGACCAAAGCUCUGAAUAUUUUCAUUAAUAUGCACCACACGAUUAUGCAAGCUGCAUUUGUUCCGACGAUAUUAUUUAAAUGGUGGCUAAAAUUGAAUUUAAGAUAUCAAAAUGCAUUAAAAACAUUACAAUACACAGCGUACAGUAUUAUCGCUAAGGAAUCUGAAUAUACGGGACACCAGGUAAAGCCCAAAAAUCUCAUUUCCAUGUUAGUAUCAUCAUUGCAAAAAAAUGAAGAAGAUGAACGAAAAAAAUCAGAAGUAGACAAAUAUGGUUUAUCACGCGCAGAAUUAUUAGAUGAAAUUUUAUUAUCCAUUGGUGCCGGUUUCGAAACCACAUCGACUGCAUUAGCAUGGUUUAUCUAUUAUAUGAGCAAACAUGCUCAUAUACAAGAGAAAAUCAAGCAAGAAUUACGAGCAAAUAAUAUUAUGGCUCAGACUUAUCUGAAUAUAGAAUUGUUGGAUAAAUUAACAUAUGUUGAUUGUGUUAUGAAAGAAGUUCUAAGAUAUGCACCAAUUAUUGAUUGUACCGUGAGAACAUUAACUCAGGACGAUGAAAUCGAUGGUAUUAAAUUGAAGAAAGGUGAAAGCGUUUUAAUGGCAUUCUAUAACGUUCAUAUGGAUAAACGAUAUUGGAAUUUGGAUCCUCAGCAAUUUAUUCCCGAGCGCUUUUUAUCUGAAGAUAAAAACCAUCAUCCACUUGCUUUAGGUACAUUUGGUGGUGGACAUCGUGCAUGUGCUGGUCAAGAUCUUGCUCGGCUAGAAUUAAAAAUAAUCAUAACACGUCUCAUGCAGUACGUGACGUUUAUCGAUGGAGGUCAAGAAAAGAAUAGCGGUGGAAAACAACAAAGCCUUACCUGUACACCGAAGAAUGUAGCUGUCUAUAUUCAGUUUGAUUAA